UGUGCUUUCCUCUCUGUGCCAGUCACCGCCGCCGGGUGCGUUGCUUUUGUCUGACAGGGCGGCCCAAACGGGUGGUACACUCAAUUGGUACAAUGUUUUUAGUGUCCGCGCUGUGAAAUUUGCAAGGUGAGGAAAUCUUCUUCCAAAUAAGCCUGACCGGAAACGUUGACAAGGAAACUUAAACUUAAAAGUCCGGAGUGUUGUAUAUUUUAAAUGUAAAAGAUAACGUGCGAAGUAUAAGACAGUUUAAACUUGAAUAAAUCAAAGUCACAGAAUAAAAUAUCUAAGAGUAUAAAGGAAAAAGCUCGAUUCCUUUCAUGCUUUUUUGUGUGUGUCCGUUGUGAACCAACAGGUGGCGCUGGUGUGUUACGGACUCGUUGAGUCAGCGCACUGCAUUCUGGGAGUUUUUGGUUCUAAACGGUUUCUUUUCUUCUUCUUUGCCUUCCGGCUUCUUUUCGAUUCUUCUGAGUGAAAUCUUGGGAUUUCCGGAGGAUGAAAAAGUGGAAAUGGAGGACAUGGGAAAGAAAAGAAGGAAAAGGGGGAAAAACAAGAAUAUUUAAAAGUAAAGAAGGCGUGGCCUAACAAGGAAGCCGUCUAAAUUGAAAUACUAGGUGAGAACAUGUUCCAGGCCCCGCCCACCUGCGCCGCCGCCACAGUCACACCCAGUCACUGCAGUUACAACACCUUUAAACGGCAGCGACAGACCACACCCACACACACACACACAGAGACACAGACAGCGGUGAGGAAUCAGAGUCCAGUGUGUGAUGUCAUCAGGUGAGUCUCCAGGUCCUCAGACCGUCUCACCCGUCUCACCCGUCUCUUCCUCAACUGUCGUUCUCAUCCUGACGAAGCGCCGAGUCGGCCGUCUGCACCAUCUUCUGUGUGAAUGAAGGUGAUUCAACACGUGGGUUGAGACACGUCCGCGGGCGGACUGAAGUACGUGGACGGACUCGAACAGUUCAGGCACAGAGUGUUGGAAGGGAACCUCAGCACCACCAUCAGGACGAUGAGUGGUGUUACACCUGCAGAUGCUAACGCAGAUUCUUCUGCUGGUCGAGCAGACGAGGAGGACGCAGGAGCUUCUGUUGGAACUGAAGGUAACGGCGGGGGGGCACCAGGGGACCGUGACACAUGUGUGGGUCGGGUCAGAGAUGGGACAGAAGGUGAAGGUCAGGUGGGAGGAGCCUGUGCUGGAGACGAUGAUGACGAUGUAGUGGGAGGAGCCACUGCUGGGGUUGAACAAGAUGGCGCUGUGAAGCACGUGGACCUCAGACCAGCUCCGCCCACCAGUCUCAACUUGUCGGCGUCAGCCUCUCAACCCCGGCAGAGACAGAAGAAGGUUCUAGUUGCUCCAGCUCUCAGUUUGUCUCUUGAUCAAAGUGACUCGGCCGUCUCCAACGACUUCCUGUCACCCGAAGAUGAUGAUGACACACUGGACAUUGACCUGGAUGCCAUUGAGACGCCUUCCGACAGCGAUUCGUUACCGUUCCCGAUCUACGACCUGGAAGAUGACUUACGGGGUUUGGGCGUGUCCUCGGAUCCUCGCCGGCGUUGCCGUGGCAGCUUCCGUCACGAGGUCUCUCUGGAAAGUGAGGACAUGCUGGACAGCCAGGGAACCAGGUGGCGCUGUUUCUCCACCGGCGACCCCCCACAGGAGAGCCGUGUCAACAUGAGUGUCCUGGAGCCCUUCCUGCCCGUGUUGUCCCACGGAGGUUACUAUGGAGAUGGGAUGAAUGACAUCAUCGUGUUCUCCUCCUGUUUCCUGCCGCAGAACAGUCUGGAGAAAUACGCGUACGUGAUGGACAACCUGUUCAGGUACGUGGUGGGGACUCUGGACCUGAUGGUGACUGAAAACUACGUCAUGGUCUAUUUUUGUGCUGGUGGUCAGAAAGAAAAACUCCCAGAAUUCAGCUGGCUCAGAGAGUGCUACACCACCAUCCACAGACGGUUGAGGAAGAACCUGAAAGGUUUUUACGUUGUUCAUCCAACCUGGUACAUUAAAGCGUUGAUCACUAUCAUCAAACCCUUCAUCAGCUCAAAGUUUAGCAGGAAGCUCCAGUUUGCCGACAGCCUUCAGGAACUUUCUGAGUUCAUUCCCACGGACCAGUUGCAAAUUCCAGAUUGUGUCCGACAGUACGAUGAGACUCUGUCCCGAUGAAAUCGCGUCCAGAUGUUGUGCUUUACUGCGCGCACACACACACACACACACACACGUGCCUUCAUCAUCAUCAUCAUCAUCAUCAUCAUCAUGUUCACAGUAACUCCAGGUUCAAAGACGUCGUCUCUUCUUCUCUGGUUUUUCAUUUCAUUUCAGUUGUUUACGUUGUAGAAAGAUGACGUCGUGUUUUUAAGGACAAAUACUAACAAAAGUACACGUGAACGCCUGCAGUAGUUUUAUCAGGGCAGUAUUUGUACAAUAUUUUCUUUGAUCUUCUAUCAGUGAUUUGAAAAGCCCCCCCUUUCCCCCCCCCCCCCCCCCCCCCCCCCCCCCCUCCCUCCAAUCAUUUGACCCCUGAGCACCGGUCAGUUUCCAGCAGACGUCUGUGACGGUGUCCACGCGUUCCUUCACUUCAACUUCCUGUUUAAAAUAAACCUCAUUAAAAUGGACCCUUUCUGCAUUUGAGUGUGUGUGUGUGUGUGUGUGUGUGCGUGUGUGUG